UUGUUUUCCACUGCAGCACAGGGACAAGGCUUUGCUUCUGUUGCUGUUCUGAUCUGCCUGGGUGACAGCUUUUCUGUACAUCAUAUUGUUUCCAUCAUGUUGUUGCUUAUCUUUGUUUUCUUCUGCAGGCAUCGUGGACCUCCAGCACCCUGGGAUUCUGGUUCACAGAGCUGCAUGAGCGUAACCAGCAGUUCCAGGCUUGGAUCUCUAAAGGCCGCCCCAGGUGCUUCUGGAUGCCGGGCUUCUUUAACCCGCAGGGCUUCCUGACAGCCAUGAAACAGG